CAACGGUAUCAACAAGAGUGUUCCAAAAAGGCCCAAACGCGGUCGCGCUCUGAGCGCCCCCGACCGGAUGAUCACGAUAUUCGAGCCGUCGUCUGAACCUAUUCGCAGUAUCGACUCUGUACUCGCAUCACCUGCGUUUACUUCCUCCCCUGCCUCCUCUACGGAAUCUCCCCGCAAUAGGUCUCCACAGUUUCUACCCCGCCGUCGUAAUACUGUGAACGACGCGGAUACAACUGUUGCUCGUGCCCGUCUCGCAGAGAAUAGGCCUACGCCGCGCACUCCCGCACGCCGCCGUGACGUCGUGCCACCGAGAACGCUCACUGACGAAAAGCGGAAGCAACGGCACGAACUACCUUUUUUUACUGAGGAACAAGAGGCGGCUUUGCGCGAUUGGAAAGAAACGGUUGCUCUGUGGGAUCGUCGUCGCAAGGCCAUCGCGAAAGCGGACGCAGAGCUGUACUGGUAUCACUUCGUUUGGUUCGUCAUCGUGUUGAACUGGUCAAUCAUAUCUGUCUCCGUCGUUAUUCUCUUUCAAUUCGUAUUCAGGUUUGGACGUCGGCAGCUACUAUCUUCCUCCUUUCUCCUCUCACUGUUUUGUUUCAUUGCUCUCUCAUUGUUCUGUCCAAAACAUUUUUACUAGAGCAUCCAUUUUAUCAACAGGGGUGUAUAUCGCUCCACCCCGAAUGCAUCCAACUCGUUCAUCGUGCUUCGCAUUAUUAAUCCGUCCACAGGUUGUUUACCGUCAAUUCCUUCCACUGCAUUACCUAACCAUACACAACACACAAUCUUUCGGUAUUG